GGGACCUGCGCAAUCCGCUCCAGGAAGCAGCUUCAGCUUGCGGCCUCCAGAAUCGCUAAAAGCGACUCAAACGCUUAAACCGUCUCUCUCUCUCUCUCUCCCCCCCUCUCCUGCUAUUUCCACCAUUGCUGACGUUCUUCAGAUCUACGAAUCAGAAGCUCUCUCCCAAAACCCUAGCUUCCUCAAUUCUUAGAAUCGUCCUUUGAUCUGCGAGAUCCGAUGCCGCUGCCACCCAGAUCUCUCAUCUGGCUCACCUUCUUCCUUCUCUUCCUUGCCUCCCCUCCCUCCUAUGGCUUCUACCUCCCGGGAAGCUACCCCCACAAGUACCGGAUCGGGGAUCCCCUCUACGUGAAGGUGAACUCCCUCACUUCUAUAGAUACCGAGAUGCCCUUCAGCUACUACUCUCUUCCCUUCUGCCGCCCGCUCGAGGGUAUCAAGGAUUCCGCCGAGAACCUUGGCGAGCUGCUAAUGGGAGAUCGCAUCGAGAAUUCUCCCUAUCUCUUUCGCAUGUUCACCAACGAGUCUGACCUAAUCCUCUGCCGCACAGAUUCCCUCACUGCAUCCGAUCUCGCCCUUCUCAAGAAGCGUAUCGACGAGAUGUACCAGGUUAAUGUCCUCCUAGAAAACCUCCCUGCAAUCCGCUACACGACAAAGGAGGAUCUCGUUCUCCGAUGGACCGGUUACCCCAUCGGCGUCCGUGUUGGUGAUUCCCAUUUCAUAUUCAACCACCUCAAGUUCACCGUUCUUGUUCAUAAGUACGAGGAGCCUGCAACUGUAGCCGCUGCAUCCGCCAACUCCGCCGUUGCUACCUCUGAAGGCGGCCGCGACGUCCCAGGUUAUAUGGUGGUCGGAUUUGAGGUUAUCCCCUGCAGCUAUCAACAUGACACCGAGUCGAUCAAGAAUCUCAAGAUGUACGAUCAUUACCCGACAAAGAUCCAGUGCGAACCGACCACCGUCGCCAUGGCGGUAAAGGAGAAGCAACCUCUGGCCUUCACCUAUGAGGUCUCCUUCGUUGAGAGUGACAUCCGCUGGCCUUCACGGUGGGAUGCUUAUCUGAAGAUGGAAGGCGCAAAGGUGCAUUGGUUCUCGAUUCUCAACUCCCUCAUGGUGAUUGCGUUUCUGGCCGGAAUAGUUCUGCUAAUUUUACUCAGAACUGUUCGCCGGGACUUGACCCGUUACGAAGAAUUGGACAAAGAGGCUCAGGCCCAGAUGAACGAGGAGCUUUCCGGGUGGAAGCUUGUUGUAGGGGAUGUCUUUCGUGCGCCUGGUAAUGCAACUCUACUCUGUUUGAUGGUUGGAGAUGGCGUGCAGAUACUUGGAAUGGCAGUGGUGACUAUAUUGUUUGCUGCUCUCGGAUUCAUGUCCCCAGCUUCUCGAGGGACGCUUGUUACUGGUAUGAUUUUCUUCUACUUGAUUCUUGGGAUUGCAGCUGGCUAUGCAGCUGUGAGGCUUUGGAAGACGAUUAAGUGUGGAGAUCAUUCGGGUUGGAUGUCCAUUUCAUGGAAGGUUGCUUGCUUCUUCCCUGGUAUAACAUUCAUCAUACUGACCACUCUAAAUUUUCUUCUUUGGGGUAGUCAGAGUACUGGUGCCAUCCCUUUUUCUCUAUUUAUCAUAUUGCUCUUAUUGUGGUUCUGUAUUUCUGUUCCGCUGACCCUUAUUGGUGGCUACCUGGGUGCCAAGGCAAGCCAUGUUGAAUUCCCUGUUAGGACAAAUCAGAUACCUCGAGAAAUUCCUCCCCAAAAAUACCCAUCUUGGCUUCUUGUUCUUGGUGCUGGAACUCUGCCAUUUGGCACUCUGUUCAUUGAGCUCUUUUUCAUCAUGUCUAGCUUGUGGAUGGGUCGUGUCUAUUAUGUCUUUGGUUUUCUCUUCAUUGUUUUGAUCCUUCUGGUUGUGGUUUGUGCUGAGGUUUCACUGGUUCUCACUUACAUGCAUCUGUGUGUUGAGGAUUGGAAAUGGUGGUGGAAAUCUUUCUUCUCCUCAGGAUCUGUUGCCAUCUACAUAUUCCUUUACUCCGUCAACUACCUUGUAUUCGAUCUCAAAUCUCUAAGUGGUCCUGUGUCAGCUACUCUCUACCUUGGUUAUUCACUUUUCAUGGCUGUGGCCAUCAUGCUCGCCACUGGUACUGUGGGCUUCCUAUCCUCCUUCUGGUUCGUGCAUUAUCUCUUCUCUUCAGUCAAGUUGGAUUAAACUGCUAUUGGUACCAGAGGAACAAGUUCAAUGAAAGUCGAGAUUUUGUUACUUCGAGCUUGGUUGAAAUACUAUCAGUUGGUCUCAUUAUUCUUUCGUGGCUGAAUAUUUUUCUUCUCAAGUGUUAUUGUCAAGAUUAGGAGAGUAUCUGGAAUUUAUCUUGUACCAGCAAACAUUUUGUUUUUGUUAGUCAGAAUGCACUUUGUUUUUACUAGACUGCGCAGAAAUGAUUUCUGAAUUUGUAGUUCCAAGUUGUAUGUUAAUUAUACCUUUUACCUAAAGGUCGUCGAAGUUUGACUCUUUUGUUUUA